AGCUGCGCGCGGCUCCUCGCGGGCCACCGUAGAGGGCGUCUGGCGGCCGCCGGGACGGAAGCCGAGAGGCGCUGCCGACCGCGCCUGCGACAGCGUCAGCCCUGCGCGGAGCGCCGGCCUGAUGGCGGCGGCGGCGGCGAUGGCCGAGCAGGAGAGCGCACGGAACGGCGCCCGGAACCGCGGCGGUGUCCAGCGCGUGGAGGGCAAGUUGCGCGCCAGCGUCGAGAAGGGCGACUACUAUGAGGCGCACCAGAUGUACCGGACCCUGUUCUUCAGGUACAUGUCACAGAACAAGCACACAGAGGCGCGGGAGCUCAUGUGCUCGGGGGCGCUGCUGUUCUUCAGCCACGGCCAGCAAAACAGUGCUGCGGACUUGUCCAUGCUGGUGUUAGAGUCGCUGGAGAAGGCGGAAGUCGAGGUGGCGGAUGAGCUGCUGGAAAAUCUGGCCAAACUGUUCAGUUUGAUGGACCCCAAUUCCCCAGAGCGAGUGGCUUUUGUGUCUCGAGCCCUGAAGUGGUCCAGUGGAGGAUCUGGGAAGCUGGGCCACCCCCGGCUCCACCAGCUGCUGGCCCUCACGCUGUGGAAAGAGCAGAACUAUUGUGAGUCCCGGUACCACUUCCUGCACUCUGCGGACGGCGAGGGCUGUGCCCACAUGCUGGUGGAGUACUCGACCUCCAGGGGCUUCCGCAGCGAGGUGGACAUGUUCGUGGCCCAGGCCGUGCUGCAGUUUCUCUGUUUAAAGAACAAAAGCAGCGCGUCAGUGGUGUUCACGACGUACACACAGAAGCACCCAUCCAUCGAGCACGGCCCUCCGUUCGUGCAGCCUCUGCUCAACUUUAUCUGGUUCUUGUUGCUGGCUGUGGACGGGGGCAAACUGACAGUGUUCACAGUGCUGUGCGAGCAGUACCAGCCGUCCCUGCGGCGGGACCCGAUGUACAACGAGUACCUCGACAGGAUAGGACAGCUGUUCUUCGGCGUGCCGCCCAAGCAGACGUCUUCCUACGGGGGCUUGCUAGAUUGUUCAUUGUUGGCGUAAAGAAACGCAGCGUGUUUUCACGUGCUGACUUUGUGCCCCCUUCCUUUGCCGGACUCCCUUACUCCGACAGCUCCUUCCUGGAGUGUUCGGGUUCUCUGCAUAUGAGACCAUGUCCUACGCAGACAGAUCGUGUUGCUCCUUCCUUUCCGCUGUAGAUGCCUCUUCCUUCGUUCUCAUGCCCAGUGGCCCCGGCCGGAGUGUCCAGGACUGUAUGGGAUGGAGGUGGUGAGGGCGGGCGCCCUCCCCUCGUUCCUGCUCCCCAAGGAGGAGCUCUCAGUCCUUCACCGUCGAGGAUCACAUUGGCCGGGGGGUUUUCCGAGACGGCGGUCAGUGUGUGGAGGUCGCGCCUCCUGUUCCCAGUUUGCUGAGUGCUUGUACGCGAGCGUCGGGUUUAGUCCAGCGCUAUUGCUGCAUUAGUAGAGAUGGACGACCGUGUGGGCUUCCCCUCGUGCUGGCGUGGGGCAUCACACUGGCGGGUUUUCAGGGGGGCCCUCCGUGCGUUCCACGAGUAAAGCUGCUCAUUGUGGUGUGUCAUCCUCAUUGUGCUGCUGAGUCCGCUUUCCAGAGGUCCAUUGAGGGUGUAGCCUCCACGUUCACAGGGGUCACUGGUCUGUGAUUUUUCUCGUAGCAUCUCUGAGGUUCUGCUGGCCGUGUUGGAUGAAUUGGGAAGUGCUCCCUCCCCUUCGAUUGUUUUGGAAAAGUUUGGGAAGGACGGUGUUGGUCAUUAAGUAGAACUCACCAGGAAAGCCGUCAGGGCGUGGCUGUUCUUUGUUGGGAAGUUUUGAUGAUGGAUCCAGUCUCCUUACUGGUUCAGAGGCCCAUUUGGACGGUCACUUCUUUGUGACUUGGUCCUGGUGGGUGUUGGAGGCCAGGCCUCCGCCCCGUGUCUGCCUUGCCUGGCGACAUGGUCUGGCCUUCCCCGAGGUCUCGUGCAGACUUCUUCCUUUCACCAGCCAGAGGCCGGUUUAGUUCUUUUGAACGUGGCUUUUCAGAGCCUGAAUGUGGUGGUAUUUUUGAGUUGAUCGUGUUUCCCGGAGUUCAUCGUUCACCCACACGCACCUAGUCCCACCUAGACAGCCCCGGAGAGGGUUCCUGCGGCCCGACAACACGGAGGCUUCCCUCCUCAGCUUCCUGCUGGGGAGACAUUGCGGAGUCACAGGUGGCUGGUCUGUGCAAGGGGCACACAUCCCCCACCCAGAUGCCAGCAUGCUCCUGCCAGAGUGGAGGCAGCCCCAGGUGAUGGGGGCGAGGCAGGGGUUGCUGGUCCCACCAGGCUCCGUGAUGCCCCCCCUCUUAGAUCCAGGCGGCACCCUGCCCCAGGGGCCCUGCAGGGCUGGCCUGGGUGGGAUUUGUGUCCUUGGAGCCAAACUACGCUCUGUGGAAAGGUCUUUGGUCUGAGAUGAUUUUGAAAGUCGUUGGUGGCUGUUGGACCUUGUGUGGCAGGUGCUUCAGCCCCGUGCGGGCCUGGCCGGGGCCGUGUGUCUGAACUGGGCUGCUAUUGCUGUGUCACCGCUGUCGCCCCUCACACAGGGGUGCCGACGCCGGUGCCCAUUCAUUUCCCACUGGAACCUCCGCCUCGCCCCUCCCAGUGCCCGGGCCGCGAGUGGCGUGUUCGUUGGACCCAAUUUCAUGGGCCUGAGUUUGUGCAGACGACCUUGCUCAUGUUUCUCUUUGUUUCUUUUCAUGGUGAUUUGGCUUCGGGGGACUUUCUGAUCUCCUGAGUUCGUAUUGAAUCGUUGUCCUUUGACUAAAAAUUAGAUAAUUGUCAGUGGUGGCAGCCCCACCAUUUCCACCUGGGUGCACGUCCUAACCUCUCCGUGAACCCGUGAUGCACACGCGCGUGCCCGCUUAGCAGUGGCCUCCCCGGGACGGGGUUCUGAGGACGAUUCUCCAGGGCUGUCCGGCAGCCGGGUUGUAUCCCACGGGUAGGCACUCAGGGUCUUUCCCCAGCUGCCAGGUCCUUGCAGGCACGCUGAGCACUCCCUGGGACUCAUGCCAUCCCAGCCCGGGAAUGCGGCAGCUUGGCAGGUGGGGUUCCCCAGGCAGCCAGGGGUGCCGAGCACAUGCAGCUGCUGUGCCCCUGACGGCACCUGCGUUUGC